AUGCCCAUCAGGAACUCUGACGUGGACUCCGGCGCUUCGCCAAGUGCAUCCCCGGGCGAGUCCCAGGCGCAGUGGUAUCCCUCGAGCUUUGAACAGCGUCGCAUUUGGGAUGACGGCAACGACAAGAGAAAGCGCAAGAAGGAUCGCAAAGACACUGAUACUUCGAAGGGUAAGCAAAGAAACAAUACCAUGACCGACUUGCUCAACGGCGCAGAGGUCCAGGCGCCGUCAAGGAACGGGACGGUGGUGAUGCGGCAAUUCAAACACUACCUGGACCACAUAGCUGGGGGCCUCGUCCUCUUGAACUCUAUCCUCCUCAUGGUUCAGCUGGAACUGGAGGGCAGGCAGUUGGCUUUUGAGCUGGGCCUUCCAGACGGAGAGAACUUUGAGACUUUGAUGCCGACGUUCCAAGUCAUAGACACGAUAUUUGUGUUCGUGUUUUUGGUGGAGCUCCUGAUCCGAAUAUGUCUGGAAAGAUGCUACUUCCUCAAGGACAUCGCCAACUGGCUCGACUUCAUCUUGGUCGCCGGCGGCAUGGUCGACCUUGCAAUUAGCUUGCAAGCUACGGGAGGAGGUGAGCAGACCGCGCAGGACAUGGUUACUCUCCGGUUCGUGUCUGCCCUGAAAGCUUUCCGGGCCAUUCGCAUGGUUCGAAGCUUCCGAUUUUCUCCUGGGCUGCGCAUGCUUGUCAAAGCUUGCCAAUGCUGCCUGCCAUCCCUGUGUUGGUCAAUGCUGCUGCUGGCAGUGUUCAUGUGCAUGGGUGCCUUGAUCUUGGGCAACCUCUUGCAGGAUUACAUCAGGGAUGGAGCCCACAGUGUGGCCGACAGAAAAUGGAUAUGGGAGCGAUAUGGCACGACCUAUCGGGCGACGUAUACCCUGUACGAGAUCACAUUUGCAGGAAACUGGCCUACGAAUGUACGUCCAGUGCUGGACAAGGUCAGUCACGCCUUCGUGAUCUUCUAUCUCCUGUAUAUCACUGUCAUUGUUUUCGCGGUUAUCAGAGUAAUUUCGGCGAUCUUCCUGAAGGACACGCUGGAUGAAGCCAACAAUGACGCCCAGCAUCUUGUUCUUGACCGCAUGCGCAAGAGGGCGGUGUAUGUCGAGCGAUUGGAGGCUGUGUUCCAUGCCAUCAUCGAGGAUGGCGGGCAGGACAAACAUGUCUUGACGGAGAAGCGCUUGGCUGAGAUCUUGGCCAACCCCAAGGUCAAGGCUUACUUCUCCACCCUGGAGAUAGAUGUCCAAGAGAGCGCAGCUCUAUUUAAUCUUCUUGACAAUGGCGAUGGCAUGGUAACUUUAGAAGAGUUUAUCAACGGCAUCAUGCGCUGCAAAGGGCCUGCAAGGGCCAUCGAUACUUUCGCUCUGCAUUCGGAUGUCAAGCAGUUAGAUGCAAAGUUGCGAGCGCUCAUGCGAAUGAGCUACCGUGGUCCAGGCGAUGUGCCGGAGAGGUCGAACACCAGACCGUCGUUUCGGGAAAGUCCUUGGGAAAAUCCGGCGGAGCAGUGGGGCAUUGAAGGCAAGGAUGGAAAGUCCCGGGAGGACUCGCCAACCAGACCGGGAGGCGCCAGGUAUGAGAAAAUGCCGUAA